UGGUCCCUGGGAACCAGCAGAGGUAGCAGAUGCCACGGCCUGAGAUGGCCUGAAGUGGCCACGGUCCAGUGGGACCACGGCGGGCGCCAAAGAAAAUGGGGAAUGUUGGGGCUGGGAUGCUGGGCUCCAUGCUCUUUCUGAUGCUCGGGCUGCAGCCUCUACCGCUUAGCCGAGGGAGAUUCCUGCACCAUCCCCCAAGCUCGAGAAGCUUCCACCUGGGCACCAGACAUCACGGAAGCACCUGGGAGAAGCUGAAAUCCUGCAAGGGUGCCUUUGACCUGUACUUCAUAGUGGACGCGUCACAGAAGGCAAAAGAUAUUUGGGAGGACAUUUGCCAAUUAGUGGAUGAAAUAUCGAUGAAGUACACAAACCCUAACCUGCGGAUGUCCUUCAUCACCUACUCCACACAGGGCAACAUCAUCAUGAAGCUCACCUCAGACAGAACAAAAAUACGUGAUGGUCUUAAAAGACUUCAGAAUAUAGUGCCUACAGGAGCCACAAACAUGCAGGAAGGAUUGAAAAAGGCAAAUAAACAGAUUCAACAAGCUACCUCAGGAAACAAGAAUACUUCCAGCCUGAUUAUCACCCUAACUGCAGGGCCACUGCUACCAAGGACAUUACAGGACACAAAGAAGGAAGCUCAACAGGCUCGGGACAUGGGGGCCAAGGUUUACUGCGUGGGUGUAAAAGACUAUGAGAGAGAUCAGUUGAAUGAUAUUGUAGAAAGAAAGGACCAAAUGUAUGGGACAGAGGAAUUCAAUUCUUCAGAAUCAUUUGUUACGUCGCUCGUGAAAAAUUCGUGUAUGGAAGCCAUGGCUGGGGACACACACUUUGUCUGUUUAGGAGUAGCCUAUGAAGUGACAUUUUUUGCAUCUGGCCUCGAUCAAAAAAGGAAGGAUGAAAUUGUUUGCAGAUAUCAUUUGGGCUCUGGCAAAGUCUUUGAUAAAAAGCCCAUCUUUAUGAAUCAAGGAAAGUUAAUUUGCCCAGGACAUAUAUUUGACAAGCCUGGACAGGAGCUUUUCAUUGAUUACAGCCUGAACAAUGGUGUCAGCUUUGUAGGCGAAGACUUGAAAAUUGUCAGCAAGGAUUGUGUGAAUGACAGGGUGGGACUGCGGGAACCUCAGUGGACUGCAGCUUGGGAAGAAGAAACAGAAGAUGGAAACGUAUCCUGGGAAGAGGAGUAUGAGCCUACAGAGCCUACAACUGUCCCAACAACUACCACAACAACCACAAAGCCUACCACUGUCACAAUGAGGGCAACUACAACUACAAUGCCUACCACAGUCAUGACAACACCAACAACAACCAGAAGGACAACACAGAAGACCACCACCACCACAACAACAACACGGAAGACCACAACACCUACCACAGUCACGACAACCACCACCACCACCACCACCACCACCACCACCACCACCACCACAACAACAACACGGACGACCACAACACCUACCACAGUCACGACAACAACCACCACCACCACCACCACCACAACAACAACAACACGGAAGACCACAACGCCUACCACAGUCACAACAACAACAACAACAACAACAACAACACGGAAGACCACAACGCCUACCACAGUCAGGACAACAACAACAACAAGAAAAACAACAACAACAACACGGAGGACCACAAGGCCUACCACAGUCAGGACAACAACAACCACAAGGACAACAACAACAACAACAACACGGAAGACCACAACACCUACCACAGCCAGGACAACAACAACAACAAGGACAACAACAACAACAACACGGAAGACCACAACACCUACCACAGUCAGGACAAAACCAACGACAACAACAACAAGAAAAACAACGACAAGGACAACAAUGCCUACCACUGUUAGGACAUGCAGGACAACAACAACAACCACAACAACAACAACAGGGAAAACAAUGACAAGGUCAACAAGGAUUACCACAAUGCCCACCACUGUCAGGACAAGCAGGACGACAACAACAAUGACGACAACAACCACAAUGACGACAAUCCCUACCACUUUCACAAAGACAACAACCUCUGUGACUACAGUUGUCACCCAGAGACCGAUUCCCAGCAAUCCUUUCUUGUAUGCUACAUUCAUCACCUCCCUGAUUGUGAUCCCAUUGGUGUUUAUCUGUAUCUGCUGCUACAAGAGGGUCAUCAAGGAGCCACCAUCAGCCCAAAGACCAGAAAAGCCAUGCCCUGUACAGACCACAGUGAUUGUCUCCUGCUGUGAGUGCCAAGAAGACACAAUAAGCCAGAUGGAGGGAAAACUGGAUGUUUUUUAUAACUUUCUUCAGCGCUGCAGCCUGGUGCCAUUGAUAUGGUGUCCAACCAGACACACGGACUCUCAGCUGGGGACUAGUGGGAGAAGACAGAAAAGCCAGGAACAGCUGGUAACGCAGACAGAUUAUGCUGCCCCAAAGGGUGCCCAGAAUGAAAGUUCUGUAAGUGGUGCUGCCUCAACAGCCCCUCCCCCAUCUAAUGGCACCAUCGCCUGCCCUUGCCCUGUGGGUCCAGAACCCAGGUUGAGAGUUGAGAUGAGGACUCGUCCUUUCAACACACACUCACCAAGAGAGCCUGGGCAGUGCUCGGGCUGCUGUGGCAAUCAGCAGAAAUCCCAGUGCAAAGGUGACCAGACAAGUUCAACACUACAGCAAAGGGAGUCCAGAGUCAGAACAGGGCUCACUGGGGAAGAGAGGGCAUAUGUCCAGGGCCUGAACAGAGUCUAGAAAUAGGCAUCCAGACUUGAGGCCAGCACCCAGGAAGAGGAAUAUCAUCAGUAAAAAUGGGGAUCCUGACAGGUACUGAGUCUGAUCCCCUUGAGCCAAGGGGAUCACAGCCUUCUGCUCCAAUUCCAAGGC